AUGGACAUGAAUCUACCAACACUAGGAACAAAGCCCAGCACGGCAUCUCUACUACAAGCGCAGCUACCAACAACGCAAUAUAAUGUUAGAACGAACAAUAUGUUCGAGUAUAGUGCUCUUGAAGACAACGAGGAGAUGGAUGUCGCUGAAGUUCAGCAACCAAAGCAACAAAAGCCACCACCAAUUAUAAUUCGAAAUAAGUUCUGGCUAAGAUGGUCCACAGACAGAACAACCAUUUACUGCAAAUUGAAGGAAGAUCGCAGCAAAUUAAUCCAACACCUGAAUGAAGCAGGCUCGGACUACUACUCCUUUACACCAAAGGAUGAAAGAAAAACAGCCAGAAUUAUUUACAACUUGUACACGGAUCUUAAUGAAGAUGAACUGCUACAAGAGAUCAAGACAAAAAUAAAUGCCGAUCGGCGCGAUAGCGAUGAGAGUGAUGAAGACCAAUGUGACGAAGUGUGUGAGCGAUUAGGAUUCUUAACAGGAGUGACCGAACGUCCUUGUGGUCGUAGAGUCAUUGCUGAAGGAGUUUGUGAAUGUUGCUCAUACUAUCGUGGUUUUGGCGAUGGAGACGAAGAUGAAUAUGAGAAUGAACAUGGCGGUGAUGAUUGGAACGAUAGAGAUGGGGAUGACGAUGAAGACAAUGAAGUAGAUGACCAUGACGAUGAGCAUGAUGGCGAAGACGAUGAUUAUCAUGAUCAUGAUCAGUUUCAUGAACAUGGGGAUGAUGACGAGGAUAACGAAGAUAGAGACGAUGACGACGAUGACGACGAUGAUGACGAUGAUGACGAAGACGACGACGACGAGGACGACGACGGCGAUGAUGAUGAUGAUGAUGAUGACGAUGACGAUGAGGACGAAGAUGAUAUUGACGACGAAGAUCGCAGUUGGUGGAACCAUUUAUUCCAUCAUGGAUAA